UAAAAGGGUCCAUAGUCUAACCCCUGUAUCAAAGGUGAAGCUAUAUAACAGGAUCGCUGCCAAUAUUUGGACAUUCCAAACACUGGUUUAUCUGCUGUGCUCUGCAGAAAGAAUACAUCUCCAUCUCACCAUGAAGUGCCUCCUGGUCUUCGCUCUUCUUUGUGCUGUUUCCUAUGGUCUGAUGAUGGGAGGCAUGCACGGGGUCACGGGAGUCACGGGAGUCACAAGCAGCAUGGGAGGCAUGGGCGGCAUGGGCGGCAUGGGAGGCAUGGGAUGCAUGGGAGGCAUGGGAUGUAUGUCAAACAUGGGCAUUGAACGUCUGGUGCGAGAUCAGGUGAGAGCCAUGCUCGUUGAAGACCCCUCACUCACAGAAGCCGAGUGUGAAGCCAGGUGUGACGCCCUCUUUCUGCUGGACGGUGUUCCAGAUGAUGAGGCACUGACUGACACAGCCUGCGCCACUGAGUGUCGGACGUACGUCCACAGUGUCCACGUGAUGACUGUACACACCACAAAGGCCACUGAGGCCACAGAAACGACUGCGGAACCAGAACUUACUGAGCCUACAGAGGCUCUCUAGAGUCCAGAGAGAGCCUGUAAACAUCAAGGUUUCUGAUCGGCCAAAAAAGAUUUCAAUAGCUUCAAUAAACUAAACGUAUUCUGCUUACUUGACAAUGAUUUAAUUAAAGAUGACACAUUAUUU